CUCGCCGGGAGCCUUAGAGUUGAUCCUGAAUGAAAGUGGCGCGGCGUCCCUGACGUUAACCCGGAUAGGAGCCCGAGGCGUCCGGUCCCGGCUGGGGUGCGCGGGCUUCGGUCUUUCGUGGCCGGCGGGCAGAGGCCACGAGUUGGGGGCAGCCUAGGGAGGAGGGCGGCUCUGCGCGGCGCGGAGACAUGGCUCACAACAAGAUACCGCCGCGGUGGCUGAACUGUCCGCGGCGCGGGCAGCCGGUGGCAGGAAGAUUCUUGCCUCUGAAGACAAUGCUGGGACCAAGAUAUGAUAGUCAGGUAGCUGAGGAAAAUCGCUUCCAUCCCAGUAUGCUCUCAAACUAUCUGAAGAGUCUAAAGGUUAAAAUGAGCUUGUUGGUGGAUCUGACAAAUACUUCAAGGUUCUAUGACCGAAAUGACAUAGAAAAAGAAGGUAUCAAAUAUAUCAAACUUCAGUGUAAAGGACAUGGAGAAUGCCCUACAACUGAGAAUACUGACACAUUCAUUCGUCUGUGUGAACGGUUUAAUGACAGAAACCCACCUGAACUUAUUGGUGUUCAUUGUACCCAUGGUUUCAAUCGCACUGGUUUCCUCAUAUGUGCCUUUUUGGUGGAGAAAAUGGAUUGGAGUAUUGAAGCAGCAGUUGCUACUUUUGCCCAAGCUAGACCGCCAGGGAUCUAUAAGGGUGAUUAUUUAAAGGAACUUUUUCGUCGCUAUGGUGAUAUAGAGGAAGCACCACCACCACCUCUGUUGCCAGAUUGGUGUUUUGAAGAUGAAGAAGAAGAAGAUGAGGAUGAAGAUGGGAAAAAAGAAUCAGAACCUGGGUCAAGUGCUUCUUUUGGCAAAAGGAGAAAAGAAAGGUUAAAACUGGGUGCUAUUUUCUUGGAAGGUAUAACUGUUAAAGGUGUAACUCAAGUAACCACUCAACCUAAGUUAGGAGAGGUACAGCAGAAGUGUCAUCAAUUCUGCAGCUGGGAAGGGUCUGGAUUCCCUGGAGCGCAGCCUGUUUCCAUGGACAAGCAAAAUAUUAAACUUUUAGAGCAGAAGCCCUAUAAAGUGAGCUGGAAAGCAGAUGGUACUCGUUACAUGAUGUUGAUUGAUGGCACAAAUGAAGUUUUUAUGAUUGAUAGAGACAAUUCUGUGUUUCAUGUUUCAAAUCUGGAAUUUCCAUUUCGUAAAGAUCUCCGCAUGCAUUUGUCAAAUACUCUUUUGGAUGGGGAAAUGAUAAUUGACAAAGUAAAUGGACAGACUGUUCCUAGAUAUUUGAUAUAUGACAUAAUUAAAUUCAAUGCCCAGCCAGUUGGAGAUUGUGAUUUUAAUAUUCGCCUACAGUGUAUAGAACGAGAAAUUAUAAAUCCAAGGCAUGAAAAAAUGAAGACUGGGCUCAUCGAUAAAACACAGGAACCAUUUAGUGUGAGAAAUAAGCCAUUUUUUGACAUCUGUACUUCAAGAAAGCUACUGGAAGGAAAUUUUGCCAAAGAAGUCAGUCAUGAAAUGGAUGGACUUAUUUUUCAGCCUACUGGAAAAUAUAAACCUGGUCGAUGUGAUGACAUUUUGAAAUGGAAGCCCCCCAGUCUCAAUUCUGUGGAUUUUCGCCUGAAGAUAACAAGAAUGGGAGGAGAAGGGUUACUUCCUCAGAAUGUUGGUCUUCUCUAUGUUGGAGGUUAUGAAAGACCCUUUGCACAAAUCAAGGUGACAAAAGAACUCAAACAGUAUGACAACAAAAUUAUAGAAUGCAAAUUUGAGAACAACAGCUGGGUCUUCAUGAGACAGAGAACGGACAAAAGUUUUCCUAAUGCCUACAACACAGCGAUGGCUGUGUGCAACAGCAUCUCAAACCCUGUCACCAAGGAGAUGCUGUUUGAAUUCAUUGACCGAUGUGCCGCUGGUGCCGCUACUUCCCAAGGACAGAAGCGGAAGCAUCACCUAGAUCCUGACACGGAGCUCAUGCCACCGCCACCCCCCAAAAGGCCUUGCCCUUCAACCUAAGCCCUGCUUCUCACUCGGUCUCAUGAGGAAAGAUAAGUGAGGAAAAGCACUGUCACUCCCUUUUUUUACAGCCAGAGUAAUUGAAAGCCAAGUGUGACCUGAUGCAUUUUGUUUUCAAGGAAGGCACCGUGGCCAGCCUGUGUGCACUUGAUGCGUUUGUCCCUCAGUGCUGCAAUUCAUCAGUGACUUGCAUGCUUACAGUGGACCCACUCAGCCUUGCUUUGUGGAAUCUGAAGCUUGAAAUAUCCAAAGUUGUAAAUGAGAUUGAAAUCAAUGAAAGAGAAGACUUGUUUACAGUUGGAUAGCCUUUACCUUUAAUUUAUAAAGUUAAAAAUCUGGAACUGUGAGCACAUAAAACAUUGUGCUUUUGAAAAUUUAGGCAGUGGUAUUAGAAAUUCUUGUUAUCAGUUAUCAUGAAUUUUCCCACACUUCUGAAAUUCCUGUAUUCUAAACCAAUGACAAGGUUGUAAUGUUAGACACAGUGCUUGGUCUGGUUUUUUAUCAUUUUAAGAAUUUUUGUUUUGAAAUGUAAAAGUAAAAAGAAAGUAAAGCUUCAUUUUUGUGAAUUGCAUUGUUUCUUUACAAAGUACAUUAUGUUCCAAACAUCUGGCCUGCAGCUUCAGAUGUCCAGUGUGUACACUCCCGUGGAGGUCUGAGUUACUUCGUGGGAUUCAGUCUGCACCACCAGGCUGCCGUGUGCUGUUCUCCUAGAGACUUGCCUUCUUCCGGGUGCUAGGGUCACCCCUGCUUUACCUCAGUGGUGGCAGCACAUGGUAAUUGGAUGAAAAUACACAACUCACUGUGAUGUGUGAGAGAGAUAGCAAACACAAACAAUGUCACAUUAGUUUCCUUGGACACAACAGCAAAGGAAAUGCUAGCCACUCCUUUGAUUGGAAGGUAACAUCAGAGGCCUAGAAUAUGGGCACUAGAACAUGCUCUUGCACUGCUCGACAAACACAGGGACAAAGCAGAGACAUUUGUAGGAGCGAGAAACAUCAAGGAAAUCAAGACAUUUACUUUCAAAGCCAGAAUUCAGUCUGUAUACUAUUUUAAAAUAGGGAUGUUAUUUCAGUAAUACAUCUGAAUUUCAACAUGUUUACUGAAUAGGUAUAAAGGGCAGCUAAUUGGCCGUCUGCAUUGUUAAGAAACUAUGUCCUGAUUGGUUGUGAAGGAAUAGAAUUAGCCAACUAAAGGCUAAUGUAUUUAUUUUUAGAGGUACAGGUUUUAAGUAUAUGUAUUUAAAACAAAUUUUCAUGAUCUGAAUUUUAUAUAUGUAUAUGCAUAUAUCUGUAAGUAUAUGCAACAGUGUAUAUUCUUCUACUGCUUCAGUCAGACAUGAAAACCCAACAUGAAAUACCUAGAAGACUGAAAAUCUGACAAGAUUUCUAUAUGACAUAGCACAGAUUAACCAAAAAUGUAUUUAUAUGCACCUGAGUCUGAGUUUUAAUGUUUUUAAACAAAGUUUUCUCUUGCAGUACUUUUCUAUAAGAAAUACUAGAAUUGUGCUUGGGCUGGUUUUUUUUUUUCUUUUCUUUUUUUUGGUUUGUUGUUCCCAAGUUAUGUAAUGUGUAAUGAACUUAUCCAAAAUGCCAUUUUAGUGUUUUUUUCCUAGAAUGCUUUUAUACAUUUGGGAAUUAGAAGAGUUCAAACAUCUGACUGCUACACUGACUGUUGAAAGGGGAAAUUCCCAAAGUUCCAUUUGUCUUUUACAAAGUGAAUCUAAAAAAUGAAAAUGCCUAUGCAACUCCAAAUGGUCUCGAUGCCUGCUUCCCGGGCUCAGCUCCUCCUCUGUUACUGUAUUCUCACUCCCGAGCCUGUGCAGAGCCAGAGCCCUUUUGCAGAUACACAAGGGACCUCUGCCAGUGAUCUCUUAAUAGAGUUAGAAUGUUUAUGGUAAUCAUAACCUUUGAAAUGAGUUAUGUGGAAAGAGCAUCUCAGUUUUAAUACACCCAGGUAUUGUCUCCUGUCCUUUCUCAUUUUAGCAAGACUUAAUGUUCUUAAGUUAUCCUUUCCUUUCUGUUCCAGUGAAAUUUAAUCGGUGGCAUUAGAAGUAGAUCUCAGUUAACCCCCAGCACAUUGCCAUCUGCAGUGUCAUAGCAAGUCACGUGGACAGUCGGGAGAUGGGGGGCAGAGAAGAUGGAGAGGCAGGACUCAGACAUCAUAAAGGAAACCAUUCCCUCCACUCACCACACCAUGGCUUUUACUGAGACUAAAGCUUUUUCUUUUUUUUAAGAUAAGAAUAAGAAAACUUUGCUCUCCUGAGUUAUCAUAUGUAAAAAGCUUUUGUUUUUUGUUUGGAAAGAGUGUAGAUGUCUCCUGCCUGGAUGGUUAGUUACAUUGCUUUCUGUGAAAUGCGCAGAAAUGUCAGAACAUUCCUUCUAAUUGUGUGUCAGUGUGCAUUGUAAUAAAACUACUGGUUUAAAAUAAGUGUUGUCUACUUUGUUUCACUGGUAGAGCUUUGGUGUCCCUUCUGUUGCUAGCAUCAGCUCCUGCUACUGUCAGCCACGCCCAGUGUAAUCCAUCUGGUUUUGUGGCAUGAAAGAGAGAGAGCAACACAGACUUGGAAAACCUUCUAUUUCUCUUCUAGAGAAACUGAGAAAUUUGACUUGGGAGGGGGCUGUUUAAACUUUAUUUUUGAGGUCUAGGGAGACGGCUCAAAUUUAUGCUGUUCAUAUUUCUGUUCAUCUAUCUACAUAUGAGUAUUCUGUUAAAUUAGUUUAAUGUACUUAAUUAUGUUAGACUUUUCAGCAGCAAAUAUUCUGAAAUGAUGAAGUAACGAACUACCAAAUUUUCUGUCAGCUGUGUAAGUUUUUACAUGGAAUUCGCUGUCUUGGAACAAGGCAUAUAGGAUUUCCUGGCCAAAGUCAAAGUGGAAAAUCUGAUGUUAGGAGAAUUCCCUGGCCUAGAUAGACCCAGAAAUAGAUACAGGCUCUGCUUCUGUGUUCUCAUUAGAGCCCUUGUCCCCUGGUUUUCUGUCAAUAGAAUGGCAGCACUGAUGAUGGCCACGGGAGCAACAGUCCUAGGUUUUGCCCUGACUUGGGUACAAACCAAAACUUUGUAAAUCUCCUGCAUUAUCUUAAUAGCAGUAUUCCUGUGAUUGAAUAUUUGCCAAGAACGAAGACUGUCCAAGAUACGGGUGUUCUCUGCAGGUGAGUGCCAUUACAAAACAUUCUUCAGACAUUAAGCUGUGAGUUGCAACUGAUGGUAGUCUCCUGAAUGCUGCUUCUUGGGAAGAGGGCUACUUCUCUGGACUAUUGGAUUGAUUACUUGGGGGCUUCCCAUACCUCCUCUACUUAAAGAAGAUGAAGCUGAGAGUAGGGCCUUAUGUGACUGUUUUAACUAAGUGUAAGUGACUAAGCCACCACAAAGGGAAGUUUUUCUCAUCAAGAUAUGAGAUUCCAGCACUAAUUAGGAAGCAGUAUGUGAUUACAUCACACACUGGGCCAGCAGUUUC